GGCUGUGUGUGCUUUUUGGAGAUAGAAACUCGGGGUGCUGAAAAACUACUCCUCAUGACCAGCAAGCAAAUAAUGGAGAUAGAAACACAGGGGAAAAAAGCCUCAUUCCAAUACGCCAACAAACGGUUGGUAAAUGAAGAUUACAUCAUUCAGUUGAGAACAAAUACAUUCAAAAGACUAGGCAUCUCUGCAACAACCUACACCGUGCAAUCAUUGCACGAGUCUUCUCACCACAUGACAAAGAAGGAUAUAGAAAAUCCAACAAAUGAGGAGACCCCAAGUACUAGCAAAAUCGAAUCGCUCCAGUCCAAGAAACGCCAGAGGACUUAUUGAGGGCCCUCACCUGAAAACUUUACUCAACCGUGGAACCUUCUAAAUGCUUAGUUUUUAAAUUUAAACCUAGGACAUUGUCUAUUUUUGGUCGCCAUUUCUUUAUCUUGACUUUACUUGCUGCUCCUUUUAACAUUUACCAU